CCGAUUGGUUAUUUGGCAAGCAGUGUUUUCUUUUUUAACAUUUUCUGUGUAUUUUAGUAAAUUUUGUAAUAAAAUAAGUAAAAAAAAUUAAAACGAUUCUCAAAAAUGCCCUACGCUAAUCAACCAUCUGUCACCAUCACCGAACUAACAGAUGAUAAUGUCAAAUUUGUUUUAGAAGAUACCGAACUCAGCGUGGCUAAUAGUUUGCGGCGUGUUUUUAUAGCUGAGACACCAACAUUGGCGAUAGAUUGGGUACAGUUGGAAGCCAAUUCAACAGUGUUGUCUGAUGAAUUUCUCGCCCAUCGUAUUGGUUUGAUACCCUUGAUAUCUGAUGAAGUUGUAGAGCGCUUGCAGUAUACAAGAGAUUGUAUUUGUUUGGAUUUCUGUCCAGAGUGCAGUGUAGAGUUUACAUUGGAUGUGAAAUGUUCAGAAGAAUCGACUCGUCAUGUCACAACAGCCGAUUUGAAAUCAAGUAACCCAAAAGUUUUACCCGUAACUUCAAGACAUUCAAACGACGAAGACAAUGAGUAUGGUGAAAGCACGGAUGAAAUUUUAAUAAUUAAGUUGCGUAAAGGACAAGAAUUGAAGUUGCGUGCUUAUGCGAAAAAAGGUUUUGGCAAAGAACAUGCCAAAUGGAAUCCCACAGCUGGUGUAUGUUUCGAAUAUGAUCCCGAUAACUCUAUGCGUCACACUUUGUUUCCUAAACCCGAUGAAUGGCCCAAAAGUGAACACACUGAAUUGGAGGAUGAUCAAUUCGAGGCUCCCUACAAUUGGGAAGCAAAACCCAAUAAAUUUUUCUACAAUGUUGAAUCGGCUGGUGCUUUAAAGCCGGAAAAUAUAGUUAUAAUGGGAGUGCAGGUUUUGAAGAAUAAAUUGUCAAAUCUACAAACUCAACUCAGUCACGAGAAUCAAAACGAUGCUUUAGCUGUUUAAGAAAACAAUUUUAAUUAUGUACUUUUCAAAUAAACUAUUUUCCAUUUUAAUAUAUAAAAAAAUUAAUCUUUAAACAAA